UUGUAAUUGAAAAAAAUAAUUAUUUGAGGUACUUCACAAAUUAAUGCAAUAUUGUAACUAUUAUAGUGAUUUCUCGACUGUGAAUUUUAAUUACUUACUAAUCUCAAGUCCCACGGGUAAAUGUUCAAAAGAUUAUCACAGAUAGAUAAAGAAAAUGUCUGGCAUUAUUAUAGUUUAUGUAGACGUCUUAACUUCAAGACUGUGUAGUUCUAACUAGAGUUAUUCGUCAAAAUGGAUAUUGUCAAAGAACAUAGGGCACUAAUAGAUCGUAUUGCUAGUGAAAAUGGGUUCACCGAUUAUGAGAUAAUAAACAGUUCUGGAUCAAGUAAAGGAGAUAACUUUCUAGGAAUUAUUACUGCGAUUUCCAUCAAAGACAAGGACAGAAGUUUGGAUUUGAUUUUGAAGUCUUCCCAUACCAAUAAGGGUUUUAGAGAAGCUACACCUAUCAAAGACAUUUAUAAUAGAGAAAUCUAUUUAUACGAACGGAUUUUCAAAGAGUUUAAGAAGUUUCAAGAAGAAGACAAUAUUGAAGAUCCCUUUGAAAGUGUACCUAAAUGCUAUUUAUGCUCUACUGAAGAUGGACUUGAAAGUUUAGUUAUGGAGAAUUUAAAAACACAACAAUACGAGCUAUGGGAUAAAAAAGUCCCGAUGAAUCCUGGCCACAUGAAAACAGUUCUCAUCGAGUAUGCUAAAUUUCAUGCUGUCUCAUUUGCAAUCAAACAGAAAAAUCCAGCAUUAUGGAAAAAAUUGACAGAAGAUAAUAAAGGUGAUGCAUUUGAGAAAAGAUAUGCCAAUGAUAAGCAGGCAGAAGAGAAGUUUAAAAGAUUUGUGGCUGGUACUUUAUCUCAUCCUUACAAGGCAUUGAAAGACGAUCCAGCUAUGACAGAGAAGCUUAAAAAUUACGAACAAACUUUAGCUCCUGAACUUCGGUCUAAAGUAAAAGAACCAGAAUACAAAGUUGUCAUAACCCAUGGAGAUUGUUGGUGUAACAAUUUUUUGUUUAAAUAUCAGGAUUCAAAUGAUAAAACAAAACCUGAAGGUUUACGUAUUUUAGACUGGCAACUAUCUACUCUUGGAAGCCCAUGCGCAGAUCUCUCUUAUUUCUUUCUUGUAAACAGCUCUGAGGAGGUUCUAGAUAAUAUCCAGACAUACCUAAAAGUUUACCAUGACAAAUUGGCUUCACAACUUAGAAAUUUUGGUUUGGAUCCCGACGAGUUAUUUCCUUUCUCUAGGCUUUCAGAUCAUUUAAGGCUUUGUCUGUUACAAGGCCUGGUUUUAGCGUUCUUAGUUUUAAAAGUAAUGGUAUCUGACAAAGAAGAUAUACCUGACAUUGUAGAAGGAGCUGAGAAAUCGGGUGAAACUAUGACUAUGGCGAAUUAUGAAACAAAAAAUUUCGACGAGUAUGCUAGAAGAAUAAAAAUUGUAAUGCAAUUUUUGGUUAAAAACCAAUAUUUGUAAUAUACAGUUUACAUGUAAAUAAAAUAUUUUUAUUAAU